GGGGGGGGGUAGGUCGGGCUUCUGUCAGCAUUGCGCUCUCCUCUUGCCAUUGCGAUGUCCACGAGAAAGACAUCGUUGACGGACCAGCAGGCUAAAAACGGAACGUCCAAAUACGUGUUGGAGAGAUGCGCCUCAGUUAACGAGUAUUAUGACAUCGCGUUCAAGGUGAUGCUGCUUGGAGACUCGUCCGUGGGGAAGACGUGCAUCUUGGUGCGCUUUAAAGACGGGGCCUUUCUGGGGGGCAACUUUAUAGCCACCGUUGGAAUCGACUUUAGGAACAAAGUGGUGGAUGUCGACAGCCUGAAAGUCAAGCUCCAGAUAUGGGAUACUGCUGGCCAGGAGAGAUUCCGCAGUGUAACACACGCCUACUACAGAGACGCCCAGGCGUUACUCCUGCUCUAUGAUACCACCAGCAAGCUGUCGUUUGACAACAUCAGGGCUUGGCUGACCGAAAUACACGAGUAUGCCCAGAAGGAUGUGGUCAUCAUGUUGCUCGGCAACAAGGCGGACAUGGCGGCGGAGAGGGUGGUGAAGACGGAGGACGGCGAGAAGCUGGCGAAGGAAUACGGCGUUCCUUUCAUGGAGACCAGUGCGAAGACCGGGGUCAAUGUGGAGCUGGCCUUCCUCGCUAUAGCGAAGGAGCUGAAGCACAGAGCGACGCAGCAGCAGAAUGAGCCCAAGUUCCAGAUACACGACUACAUCGAGGCUCAGAAGCACAAGUCGGGCUGCUGUGGCCACAUGUAGCCGAUCCGCCCGCUCGGAUGCAGAGCGAAUCUGGAUUGGCCCGCCGUCCCUUAUCCGAAAUGUGAAAUUUUUAAAUGUCAUGUGUAGAAAAUGUGUGUGGUCUUUGUGGUGACAGUUGCAUCAAACUACUAAGUCAGGAGUUGCACAUCUGAAAUGCAAUGUCCAUUUGCAGGGAGAAAACAGAAAACAUUGCUCAUCAAUUUAUUCUACAUCGCAAGCAAACAAGAAUUUAUUGGUUUUUGGGUGAAAUAUUUGGAGCCAUGUAAAUGGAGUAGAUCCGAAUAGUCCAUUAUUUGGGGGGGGGGGGGCGUGUAUGAGGUGUCUCCCCGGUCAGACGCAUUGCACAAAAGGUUAACCACACCGUCAAAUUCUUCUAGAAAAUAUCUAAACCUAAUAGAUGACCCAUCUUUUGUGUCAGCGUUUCUUUGCGUUUGUUAAUGCUAACACUUCUAGCAGGGGCUAACACUUGUUUUAGGCUAGCUAUAUUUGUAUAAUUUAUGCAGAGAUACUUUGACAGUAUUAAACUUGUGUUUUAUAGGAGUCUGCGCCUCAGAAAGCCAUCCAGUGUUAUGUUUGCUAGUGCCUUAGCUAAUUCCAGUAAGUUGCUAACACAUAGCUAACAAUACCUCGCUAACCGCAAACUUCUCCCAUUCCAUCAGCCUUUGAGUUGCGAACUGCGCUCCAGGUAGACGCCACGCAGAUGAGGUCAUAAGUCAUCCUGGUGAGGAUCAGCUAGCUACCUUUGUUAGCCUUCUAGCUGCACGUUGUGCCAAGUUAACGUCUCUUUGGCCUUCGGAGCCUAUUUCGUCGCGUCUCGUGAAGGACCCGGUCUCUUAAAAAAAAAAAAAUGAAUUCAAGAAUUAACAAGGCUUCAAACGCGUUGAUGAUCACAACGUAACCCAAAACCGCUCAGCUAGGUUUUAAAAAUACAUCAUGAUUGGCUUAAAUUACAUCACAAAUGGCUUAAAAUAACUAUUAGAUUUAACCAAAAUGCAUUCAAGCAAACGUAAUCCGCCAACCAAAAAAAUCUGCUUCCGUGGAAGCAGAUUUCACGACGCUGUUUGGUUGUGGGUGGGCGUAGGUUUUAGGAGACGGGGCUGUCAUAUCUUGUGCCAACCGAGUGUUUGUGAAUAUGUGUGCUGCACAUAUAAAAUAUGGUAGUAUGUAGUUCAGCUCGACUCCGUGCUUGUAACGAAACAGUUUUUUGGUUGCUGUUAAACCGAGCUCCAGAAACUUGAUCUUGUCCAAAGUGAGCUCGGCUCUUUGACCCCGGGUUCAAACUGAUCUCAGAACUGUCACCUUUUUUUCCGUCCUGCAGUCCUCGGUUUCAUACACACAAUCAGCAGGACCGUUGGUGUGGAAACAGCCUUUGUGCCCCGCAGCUCUUCGUUUGCCUCCAUCCCCAUUUUACCAGACUGUGAACUCAACCCCUUUGGGCCGUACGGUCAUCAUUAUAUUCAAUAUUCAAGAAGUGGACUUCAGUCCGAUUGUAGCCAAAUGAUCCCGUCUGUUCACAUCUGUACUGCUGUUAGAUAGAAUAAAGCCAUCUUUUUGAGGGUGA